AUGUCCCGCCGCCGAGAAGAAGCAGAGUUUCAGCGCGUCCUCCAGCUCUCCACCCAGCAGGCGAGGACAUUUGCAGCUCUUCCACCGUAUACCCUCUCUAGCGCUCCCUCUGACGACUCUCGCGACAUGGAGCUGCGGCCAGUUAAUCCAGUGUCGACGGGUGACACGCCGUUGACACCUCACCGCCCAGGUCCCAGACGGUCGUCAUACGUGCUAUCGCCAGACCCCGAGGAGAGCAACCGUUCACCACGCCCUCCAAACUUUCCCAAGGCGCAGUUCAAGCUUGUGGUUCCCGCUCGUCCCACUCUCCAGCAACAUUCGCCUGAUCCGAUCGACGCUCUUGACCCUUCGGAACCCUCAGAGUACCACGAUAUCCGCUACAGUUCAGCCGGCGAUAUCCCACAAGAUUACAGUUUUGCGUUUGCUCCGAUCGUCGGCGGUAGAGUGAUCGCAGCCGAUGACACAUUGUUGAGCCCCAGCAGUGGCGCAUCUGGGAGUGUCGCAACGGGAUCUGGAGACGCCAAUUCCAGCUGCACCAACAGCUUCCCACGCUCUUCCGCAUGCGAGCGAAACGUUAAGGAGAAGACGGUCGACAUGGUUGAAACUAAGCGGAAGCGGGUAGGGCGCAAGGCGAAGCAAGCGGCUGCGGACGCUAUCACAGAGGCCUUUGAGGAAACCCCACCCCUACCUACAGCACCUCCUCCGAAACGCAGAGCGAAGAAGGCUAAGGUCUCAAAGACUGGCACGUCCCAACCCACGACACGUUCAACGUCACAGCCGCCACGUAAUGACCCAGAUGAGACUGUUCCACCAGUCCCUACCUCAUCAUGUUCUGAGCAUGACUUGCGUGACGUCGCUCCGCGUGUAUCCGAGGCGCCCACUGCGGCAGGAUCCACGACGACGCCCUCAGGCGAUGCUGCUCCAGAGGUAUGUGAUGGUGCGUCGGAAGCGACUGCGGAAUGCUCCAAGUCGUCCAUGACGGGUUCCGUGAUAUCAUCUGUGGAGCCACUGUCUGCAACCGAACAUUUCUCUCCCGGCAAAAUCAACCCCGGCUCCCCAGUCCGAUCUUCGCCUGGUGCACUGGGCAAAGAUUCUUCAAGCCCCACGACGGCGGUUACGCCUCAGUUCGCCCGAGUCCUGCGACCUGCCCACAGCACUCCACCAGCCUCGUCUUCAACACCUGGUGGAGGGCGAUGGCGCACGCCACGCAAUGAUCUUGCAGGGGUUCUGGCCAAGUUCCCGGGCGCGAGGCGAACGGGCAUGUCGAAGCGCAUCAACAUCGUCCCACUACAUGGCUCCAUAGGCCCUGGCGUCAAAGCACUUCCGCCGCCGCCUCCCAAGAGCAAGAAGAAGGUAGAGGACGACGAGGACGAAGAUGAGGAGGACGAGAACGGCAACCCGAAGAUCAAGGUUGGCAGUCGCGAGUGGCUCAUGAUGGAGGACUAG